CAGCGGCCAUGAGUUUGAAAAGGUGCAGAUAGAUUAAAGUAUGUGAAACAGGGUAAACAUACAUCUAUUUAUAGCCUCCUUAUCGUCAAACAAACAGUGCAGCAACUGCAGUGUUCCCCAGCCAUCGGUGCGCACAGAGGAGGAGGAGGAGGAUGCUUUUGCUUUCAUUCUUUCAGGACCUUAGAGGCGAGGAAGUGAUUUGAAGUUGGAGGGCUCCAUCUGCACUGAGAGGUUUUGCUCUUCGGGUUUCUCUUUUUUUUGAGGGGGAGCUGAUGGAGUUUUCUGAGCACAUCAAGACCGCCAAUGUGGAGGAUGUUGUGCUCCGGCAGCCCCUGCACCCUCCGAGCCGAGGCGCCCUGUGCGUCACCGGCCACCACCUGCUCUUCUCGGUCAGAGAGGAGGAGGGAGGCUCAUCCCGGCAGGUUCUACUGCUCCUCAGGAACAUCGAUGCUACUGAGAAAAGUGUGGAAAAUCUUUCUGGCUAUUCCGGCCUCUUCUCUAACGCAGGCCGCGGUGAAAGGGUAUCUGGAUCAUCAGGGACGAUUACCAUCAAGUGCAAAGAUGUGCGAGUGCUCCAGCUGGACAUCCCAGGCAUGGAGCAGUGUCUCAACAUCGCACACUCUAUUGAGACCCUGUCCUGUCUGGACAGUGUGUCGGAGAUGUAUCCUUUCUUUUACAGACCUGCUGAUCUAAGCCUGCAGGAUCCAUGGGGUCUUUCAUCCCCUGAAAAGCACUACAGUCAAAUGAAGGAGCUGCAUGACAGGUGGAGACUGAGCACUGUGAACCAAGGGUACUCAGUGUGUCCCACCUACCCCCCAGCUGUCAUCGUUCCUAAAGAGAUAAACGAUGACAUGCUGCUAAAAGUGGCCAAAUUCCGACAGAGAGGACGUUUUCCUGUGCUCUGCUACUACCACAGGAAGAACGGCAUGGUUAUCAUGCGCAGCAGUCAGCCGCUGACGGGAGCCAAUAGGAAGCGCUGCAGGGAGGACGAGCUCCUCCUCCAGGUUGUGAUUGACAACUCAGACAAAGGUUACAUUAUUGACACCCGCUCUAGUCAGCAGGCUCAGCAGGCCCGAAUGAUGGGUGGGGGGUUCGAGUCCAAAUCGUGUUACACCGGCUGGAAGAGGCUGCACAGGCAGAUGGAAAGGGGUAAAGCCCUCCAGGAGAGUCUCAUUAAGCUGGUGGAGGCCUGUGGUGAUGGGUCCCACAAUAUGGACCGCUGGCUGAGUAAGCUGGAGAAUUCAAAGUGGCUGUCACAUGUCCAGACUGCUCUGGCAACUGCUGGUCUGCUGGCAGAGUGUGUGGAGAGGGACGGUCAUUCAGUUCUGGUUCACGGCUCUGAAGGGACAGAUUCUACUUUGCUCAUCAGCACUCUGGCUCAGCUCAUCAUGGACCCGAGCUGCCGCACACUGGAGGGCUUCCUGACUCUGCUGGAGAGGGAGUGGGUGCAGGCGGGACACCCGUUCCAGCAGCGAUGUGCCCACUCGGCCUUCUCCCAUAGUCGUCUCCAGCAGGAGUCCCCGCUCUUCCUGCUGCUGCUGGACUGUGUGUGGCAGCUGUGGCGUCAGUUCCCUCUGGCGCUGGGCUUCUCAGAGGCGCUGCUCCUCAGGCUGGCGACCGAGGCCUACGCCUCCAACUACGGCACCUUCCUGUGUAACAGCGAUCAGGAGAGGUGUUCUCUAGAGGUGAAGGAGAAGACUCACUGUUUGUUCCAGGCCCUGCUGAGGCCCAAGGAGAGAGAGCAUUACUCCAACCCCCUGUACGAGUGCACUGAGUUGGCAAUCUGGCCCUCGGUCCACCCUCAGUCCCUGCAGCUCUGGAGAGGCUUUUUUCUGAGGUGGACCCAACAGACUCGGCACCUGGAGGAGGCUCAGGAGGAAAUAAGAAACAUGGUCAUUGAGUGGGGGAAGGUGGUGCUCAGCUGAUGAACCCCCUGAAUAAGGAUGAAUGUUACAAACUGUGAUACGUGCCUUUUUGACUGUGGAAAUUUUCA